AUUUAGGGGUAGUAGCGCAACAACAUCCGAACAAUCCGUGUUCAUGGGAAUACGUGAGCCUUGUUCAUGGACUUGUCAGAUGUUGAUAACAUAUACAUAUUGUAAAUCGAAUGGCUUGUGGAUUAUUGCAUAAUUGACUAAACAAUUCAGUCGAUUCAGCAUUGGGUAUAACCUACAAAGUGAUCGUAAAGCGCUUAAAGUGUCAUGCCAGUUUUGCAUCUAGUUUGGAAAAAUUAAGAACACAAAUGAUGUUACUGUUCUAAAAAAAAGAAGACCGUAGUAUGAAUUAACUUUCAUAUCAUUUACGGGACCGUGGAAUUCUUAAAGAUCUCAACGUCGCAGUGUCUUGUAGGAAUUCAAACAACAUGGAUUUUUCCCAUUUAAUUCGAGGAACACGCGAAUUCUUCCAAGGACACCCAGGAAAACCCAAAGAUAAUGGUGUUGGCAUUGUACCACCAUUCAUUCAUUUUCCUGAAGCUAAAACUGGUGUAAAAAGGAAUCAUGAGACAUCAUACAAUUUACAGUCUCAUUCGCAAGUGAUUAAAUCAAACUGUCCUACUCAGUCAAGCAUCCAUGGAACAAUGCCCCAAUAUUAUUCUGAGCCUUACUCAAAAAAUUUUACCAGCAACCAACAGAGCCAGUCUUCACAGCAAGUCGAAGAAUUUAAUGUGCCGAUUAUGGAAGUUAACCAUCGUAAUUGGAUUCAGCCCACUGCCAUGUACCCUGCUCAUACACCCAGAAUUCAGUAUGGUGAAAAAAAAGUGUGGCAACAAAACAUCUAUGCAGAAGGUGGUAAUGUUUCAUCAAAUAUUCGUUUACAUCAUAACCAGCCCAUCCCGGCUGUUGUAACCACAAACCCUCGUAUAGUUACACCAGCGGCAUGUCAAGGUCACCGACAGCACGCUUCAGUGAAAAACAAUGAAUGCAUGGUUCCCACUGUUAAUCAUUUGCAUCGGGGACUGCCGGAAGCAAGUGAUUGUUCCUCAUAUUCAGCAAAUUUCGUUAGACCGACAUUUGUUCAAGAUAGUAGAUCCAAAAGUGUGCAGCAAUCUCAACGUACUGUAGCUUCGCGGGACAAUGUAAACUUAACGAGUUUUCGAGAAAGUGGUCGCCAGCCAACAUUCAGAAAAUUGUACAACGAAUCCUUGCCUUUAGCAUCGGAUUGGCGUAAUCAGGCGGAACAUACGUCAGCGCCUGUUUCCUGUGAUUGUCUGUUUAAUCGACCGUGUCCCCUGCACCGAUAUUCGAAGCAACAGGACAUACCAACUCUCGAACAGCAGAGCUCAGAAUGGGAUUCAAGGAUCCAGAACAUUUCGAUCGGGAAUAAAUUUACAAGACAAAAAUACGAGUAUACUUCAUUAGGGCUUCCUGGUGAACGAACGAAUGUUCUUCAAAAUCCGGAAAUGAUGGUACGUCAUCAGACCUCUUUUCAACAGAACUGUCAAAUCCAAGAGCUUCCAAACACAACUUCAAGUAAUAUUACCUUCGCACCAUUCCGUGCAAAUGUGGAAGCUAAUGCAUCUCCUCGCCUUUCAACUGAUUUUCGUCCACACCGGCAAACCUAUUUAAGCGAAUUGUCAGAGAUAAAAACUGAGAAUAACUUAGGCAGUGAAGUAGUCGGUGGAGUUAGUGUCAUUCAACAGCCAAAACAUUAUGCAACAGUUUCGGCAGUGGAGGCAACGAGGAAAAAUGAAGAGCGCGUGAGUGUUAUUAAUUAUCCAAAACACCAUCAUCUCAACAACACCAGUGUUACAUUGCCUAAUGUUUUAUUUUCAAAAAAUACCAAAGACCAGCCAGUUUCCGCGGAUGUUUUGGUUUCUUGGCCGAAAAAAGAACUGGCUACUCACGAAAGCAAAAGAUUCCAAUCGGGUGCCUCUGCCGUUUCUAAUGUGCUGCAAAACCAAGUCAGUCUAGCUGUUGACUAUUCUAACAAUAAGUCACUAGAAGGGCAACCCGACAGAAUAACGAAACCACCUAAAUUAAAGAUGCAGUGUCUCGAAAAGCCACUGAUCCAUAUCCCAUCAACCGAUAAUUUUUUUAUUGAUUCAACGCCAGUAAAAUCAGAUCCCAUAGUUUCCGACGAGAAGUGGGAGGAGUGGAAAAGCUCGUUUGAUACAGAAUGGAAUGCCUUCGUUCAAGACUUGUCCGCUUCUGGGAACAUCAAAAGAAUAUACAGGGUGACUCAACCAAUGCCAAGAAAGAUAAAACGAAGAGAAAAGACUCAACCAAAACCUAUCAAAAGCAAUUUAGAUUCGAAAUUACCGACCAUCACGGAUUUUUCGUCUGACGAGGACAUUCCGCUAAGCUUGCGGAGGAAAGCCAAGGAAGAUCAAUGUAAUAAAAUUUUAUGAUUUUGGUUACCAGAACAUAUCCCCUCUAGCCAAUUGUUCCUGAUGCAGCAAUACGGCAUAGAGCUAUAAGUUAAGCUCUGCGCUACCUCUAAAUGCCAACAUUUAGUUAGAAAAUAGCUGAUAACAUCCUACCUAGCAGAUCAUUUUAAAAGUUGUUCAGAACGAUCCACGCAUUUAUCGCCUUCAAACUCACUAAUUGAUUUCAAGUUGAAAUCGUCUUUGCACUUGCCGAAAUCGUUUUCAGACCUUACUAAUUCUGAAGUUUGUUUAUCCAUUCGUCGAAGUCUAGCGAUUAUGACUAACUAAUAUAAGACAUACAUUUUUACCAGCCACGUUUGUGACAUUCCUUCGAAAUUAAUCCCCUUUGAUCUCUUGUUAUUUCGUAGAAAAACAUUUCGACUAGACUACUUCAUGUCAGCUAACGAACAAUCAUAAAAGCUUAAUUAUUUUCGUUUAAUAUGAUAUGAUUAUGUAUGUUCUGUCGUUCAUUGUUGGCUAUAAUUACUGUAAAUCUCACCUGAAAAGUAACUUGUUUAUAAUUAUAGUGACCUUAGGGAUGAUUUUAUAAACCAUGAAACUAUGUGUGUUUGAGAUCGUGAUGUGAAUUAUAUAUCGUAAUACGGCAUAACUCAUUCUUCACUUGAGCCACCGAGAUAGGUCGCAGUUUAGAGACGAUUUAUUGUCAAUCGAAUCAAGUUACUAUGUGAAGUGUACAAUUUGCAUACCACCUGCUGUGUUUUUAUUGCCAUUUCAAUAAAAAUGAUUUUGUAAAAAUGUUA